CGUCGACGCCGGCAGAGCGAUUAGUCAACUGGAAACGCGGUUGCCGAGAGCAACAACAACUAAGUCUCACUCAAUAACAGAACAGCAGUGGAACAAGAAGAAGAACGAACUAACGCUGAAAAAUGUUGAGCGGGGAAAAAGAAUAAAAGUUUAUAAUUUGCCUAAAUUGGCUGCCCGUGAAAAAGUGUUUAAUUGGUGGUCCCCUAAAAUCCGAGAGACGGAUAUUCAGCCAUCCGGCGUGCAGGAGCUGCUCAUUUGAGAUUUGCCAGCCAUGGAAUUCGGUAUUACAAGCGGACACCGCCCAAUUUCGUUUUGGCUUUCCAGCUGCCUCGUGGCCAUGUGUUCGCUCCUUCCAGGAGGAUCACCUGCCUCCCAGGAAUCGCCUGCCUACUAUUACGUUGGUUGCUACACUGCGCGAACGGAUUUGCUUCGUGAAUCCGUGUAUGCGAAAACCCCACAAACCUGCAUAGAAAUCUGCGAGCAUCAGGAACACAUCUAUGCGGUUUUGGCCGGAGAAAAAUGCUACUGUGCCAAUGUAGUAGAGGCGGCAGAGCAGCAGGACGAGCAACUGUGCAACACCCGUUGUUUGGCGAACAAGGCGCAGUAUUGCGGAGGAAUUGGUGUAAACUCUUAUUACUCCACCACGCUGGCCAAGCAGCCGGCUCCCCACCACUUGAGGGUGUCAAACAAGACGGAGAACAGCCUGACCCUCCAGUGGGACGCCUACGAGGCCAGGAAACUCCUCCUGGCCGGCGGAGCAGAGGCAGUGCUGCCGAACCAAUUACUGGAAAACUUCCUUAUCAAGGCGCAGGUUUUGAAGACCUACUCUUCGCUGCCCGCCUUUCCACAACCGGAGUUUAGCCUCGAGAGCACGGAAACCCAGUUUGAACUUACGGACCUGCAGCCUGCUACGUUAUAUAACAUUUCCGUCAGGGCCAUUUGCCGGGAUUCCCAAACUGGACAUUCUGAGUGCGGUCAGGCUAUAAUAGAGGCCAACACAGAGGUGGGUCAACCGAGUCCUGCUCCUGCGCAACCCAAAAUCCUAAGUCGCACCGAACGCACUGUCACCAUAGAGCUAUUGCCCAUCCGAAACGACAACGGACCUCUGAGCAAACUUCUUAUCAUAGUGGAAUACGUGGACAACGCCCUGAUCCGGCCGUUUGAUUCACAGCUCCUCGGAAGCUGGCAGCAGGCUAAGGAAGGCGGACUGCCCUACUACAUAGCCGCCGAGCUGGAUUACGAUCGAGCGGAGGACAACCGGACUCGGCAAUUUGUUGUUGGCGAUGGGAAGCGAUACGGACGAUUCAACAACAAGCCACUCGAUCAGCCAAAUGCACAUGUUCACAUCAGUCUGGGAGUGGUUAGCACCCUCGAGGGAGUGACUAAGACCCUGUACACCCGUGGAACACACGAUCAGCAUGUAACUUCGCUGGAUGAUUUCAGCUAUGCCACCUUCGAGAAGGGUCAAUCUUCGGUAGUGGCUUUAGCGGUCACCUGCGUAAUAUUUGGCACCUGCCUACUGCUCAGUUUAAUUGUCUACUUCUAUCUGCGCUACAAGACAUGCCGCGGACGCCGACUCACAGGAGGCAAUACCCACGAGAUGACCCUGCAGACGCCAAUCAUCGAGAGAGAAAACAACGGAUAUUUGGUGGAGGACGAACCUCUGCCCCACUCGCCUGAGAACUUUAAGCAUCAGUUGCAGCAGUUGGUGGAGGGUUUUGAACGGAUUCCAAGGAACGCACUGAGGCUAAAUGUAAAUGAUGUGAUCGGAGAUGGACGCUUUGGGGAGAUUAUAACAGGAAAGGUUUCGACCAAUGACUUUACGAGGGAUUGUACGCUGCACGUGCUCUGUCUGGAUGAUCUCAAUGGGUCUACCCAAGCGCAGUUUUUAAGAGAGCUCCGACAGUUGUCACAUCUGAAACGGCAAGAGCACCUACUGGACUUCUACGGAGUGUCAGCCAGUCCGGAUUGGUUCUACCUAAUCUUCGAGCAGCAGCGAGUGAGUUUGAAGCGAAGAUUGGUGGAAAGUCGCCUGAUGGCACCCUCACAACGCCUCACAUCGCUUUCCGAGCAGCUGGUGCUGCAGUGGAUCUACGAGCUGGCCAGUGCCAUGUCAUAUCUGUCCAGCUGCCAAGUGGUGCAUCGUCAGCUCUGCUCACACAGUGUUUUCGUAACGGGUGAUUCCAAACUGAAACUGAGUGUCUUUGGACCGCUGCAGUACAUGAACACCAGUCGCCAACAUCCGGAUCAAAGCAGAUGGCUGGCUCCCGAGGUCCUGCGGCAUCAGCAUCACCACUCCACCCGCUCGGAUGUCUGGUCACUGGCCUGCGUGGCCUGGGAAUGCUGCUCCCUGGGCGGAACACCAUAUGCGAAUGCGGUGGGCAGCAACCUGCAGCUUCUCGAGGCCAUUCGGGCUGCAGUGCGUCCCGCACAACCGGCCUAUGUGUACGGGGAUCUCUACCAACUACUGCUCAAUUGCUGGCAACUGGAGCCGAGCGAACGAAGCAGCUGCGAGGACGUGGCCUUCGGAGUGCGUCAGCUGAUGACCUCACCGAGGCAUGCCCUCAGCUUCGAUCGAGUGGCCGGCGGACUAGACACCCUGCCUCCGUACCUGCCGCAGCUGGAAGCGAUUCCCAUGAUGGGCUGAGGUGCAGCCGGAUAGAAUAAUUAGCUUUAGUCAGAAAGAGACAAUAUUCGCAUUCAAUAGAUUUCGGUCAUGAGUCACUCUGCUAAGAGAAAACAUCUCUAAAAAUACAAUAUGGUUUAAAUUUUAGAUGAGUUCACUUGCAAUUGAUUAGUUUAUGGCAUUCUGGCUGAGUAACAAAACUCUGCUGGAGAUCGUUUGUUUGUUUUAGCAUUUAUUGACCAUAUUGAUUAAAUAAAAUCGUUGCAUUUCAACGAAUGCUAGGUUGCAUUUGACAAAAGUAUUUAAUUCUCGUCUUGAAUAAAAAUAUUAAUUUAAUUCUAAAA